UUGGGAGCAAAUGUCACGCACAGUGUUUUCAGAGAUGACCAAGCAACACCGAGCGAUCAACACUUCCAGUACCAUUCGUCUUUACCGUACGCAAUCUUCCGUAAAGCUGACAAUCUUCAAUGGUAUAUUGUUAAUGAUUGCGACAGUGGCGACAGUGGACAGUGGCGGAGGCUCUCAGUUUUCAAUCGCCGCCAGCCACGGUGAAGACGUCAAGUGAGUACUGGAUAGUCUCACCGCCGCGAUCACAACGCGGCGUAUGACGGACGGAACUGUCACGCUCUCUUAAAACAUCGUCGUCGCCGAAUCGUUGCCGCGCACAGCGGAGGAAAACAAUCUCGCAACAAUGGCGAUGGGCAAGGCCUUUCGCGUUUACGAGAAGCUAGACUCGCCUAAACCGCACUCGGUCAUACUCGAGCAGCGGAACCGUAAGGAGACGCUACUCUUCGAAUCGCAGGCAGUUGCCGUUCUUUCUCCUGAGGAGCACGAAUUUUUGAAGCCAAAGUAUACAAAAUUGCUGGAUGCAUAUGGAUGCCUGGGUGUCCUGCAAUUGAAUGCAGGAGAAAACACAUUAUUAUACCUUGUCCUGGUUACUGGAUGUUUCUCCGUGGGAAAGAUUGGAGAAUCUGAGGUCUUCCGAAUAACACAAACCAGCUGUGUGCCUCUGUUCUAUAGCCAGGCGACAGAAGAUCGUGUGUCCGAAGUCAGAAAAGUCUUAAAUUCUGGAACAUUUUACUUUUCCUGGUCUUCUGGCCAAGAGUCACUUGAUAUUACUUUAAGCGCUCAAAGAAGAUGCAAGUCAACGAUUACAGAUAAUAGGUUCUUCUGGAAUCGAAUGUUGCAUAUUCAUCUGUUAAGAUAUGGAGUAGACACGACUCAGUGGUUGUUAAAAGCAAUGUGUGGUAGUGUAGAAAUUAGGACCGUCUAUGUUGGACAUAGACAAGCUCGAGCAGUGCUUAUGUCUCGAUUGAGUUGUGAACGUGCUGGUACUAGAUUUAACGUUAGAGGAACCAACGAUGAUGGACACGUGGCGAAUUUCGUGGAGACAGAACAGGUGAUCUACAUAGACAACGAAGUGACAUCUUAUGUUCAAACGAGGGGCUCGGUGCCGCUGUUUUGGGAGCAGCCUGGUGUACAAGUUGGGUCUCAUAAAGUGAAAAUCUCACGUGGGUUCGAGACCUCCGCUCCCGCUUUCGACAGGCACUUAGAGAUAAUUAAGCAGCGGUAUGGCCAGCAAGUGAUUGUCAAUCUUCUUGGCUCUAGCCUGAUCGGCAGCAAAGAAGGGGAAGCUAUGCUGAGUCAAUUGUUUCAAACGCAUCACAGUAUGUCGGAGCAUAAGGACGUACCCCAUGUUUUAUUCGAUUAUCACCAGGAAUGUCGCGGUGGAAACAUGAAGAAUCUGUUGAAACUGAAGGCGAAGGUUGAAAAGUACUUGGAGUCGUUCUCGUUGUUCUACGCGGCUGGCAAUACCGUGAUCCUCGAACAAACCGGCACCAUCAGGACGAACUGUCUGGAUUGCUUGGACAGAACCAACUGCGUGCAAACGUUCUUCGCACUCGAGAUGCUGGCUAAGCAGAUGGGUUUGCUGAAGCUGAUGGAGAAGCAGCAGAUGGUCUCGAGAUUCGAAGAAGUGUUUCGGCAAAUGUGGAUCAACAAUGGCAACGAAGUUAGCAAGAUAUACGCGGGUACCGGCGCUAUUCAAGGCAGCUCUAAGCUCAUGGACGGCGCUAGAUCAGCAGCUAGAACGAUACAGAAUAAUUUAUUGGACUCCAACAAGCAGGAGGCGAUCGAUAUCCUAUUAUUAGGUUCAACAUUGAAUACAGAAUUGGCUGACAGAGCGCGUUUGUUGCUGCCCUCCAACAUGCUGCACGCUGCGCCAAAUCUUUUGCGGGAGAUAUGCAAGCGCUAUAACGAAUACGUGGGUACGAUGAAUCUUCGGGUGAGCGUUGGUACUUACAACGUUAACGGAGGGAAGCAUUUUAGAAGUGUAGUUUAUAAGGAUGUGUCUCUCUCCGAUUGGUUGUUCGACGGACCAAGCAGAUCUUCGUCCUUAGUAUCCUUACAGCAUGACAAUACUCCUGUGGAUAUAUUCGCGAUAGGAUUCGAAGAGAUUGUCGACUUAAACGCCAGCAAUAUCAUGGCCGCGAGUUCGGACAACGCAAAGGCUUGGGCCGAAGAGCUGCAGAAGGUGUUGUCCAAGGAUACUGAGUACGUUCUCGUGACGUAUCAGCAACUCGUCGGUGUCUGUCUGUAUUUGUUUAUACGACCGGAGCACGCGCCGUAUCUGCGAGACGUUGCUGUGGACUGCGUGAAAACGGGACUGGGCGGUGCCACGGGGAACAAAGGCGCCGCGGCGAUCAGAUGCGUCCUGUAUUCCACGUCCUUCUGUUUCGUGUGCGCGCAUUUCGCCGCCGGCCAAUCGCAGGUGAAUGAGCGCAACGCCGACUACGCCGAGAUCACGAGAAAGAUAACGUUUCCCAUGGGCAGAACCCUGAACACGCACGAUUAUGUAUUCUGGUGCGGUGACUUCAACUACAGAGUCGACAUGGACAAAGACGAGAUGAAGGAACUAAUCAGGCAGAACGAGUGGGAUCAGAUCCUGUCAUACGAUCAAUUGAGGGUUCAACAAGAGCAGGGCAAUGUCUUCAAGAACUUCUUGGAAGGACCCAUCACUUUCGCCCCUACAUACAAGUACGAUCUGUUUUCGGAUGAUUACGACACUAGCGAGAAAUGCCGUCAACCCGCGUGGACGGAUAGAGUCUUGUGGAAGCGCAGGAAGCAAGUACCCGAUAUCGACUCGCCUACAGAUUGGAAUCCGGGAAAGCUCGUUUAUUAUGGCAGGGCCGAAUUGAAGCAGAGCGAUCAUCGGCCGGUGAUCGCGACGAUCGACAUAGAUGUGCACUGCGUCGAUCCCGAGAAGCGCGAGCGAGUGUUCAAGGAGGUGAUACAAGACUUGGGACCGCCCGACGGCACGAUAAUAGUCAAGGCGGUGGAGGAGAUCGAAGACAUGGACAGCGUGUUCGACAACAAUCUCAUGUUCGCCCUGAUACAGGACUUGUCUCACAUAGGCGAGGCGAUCUUGGUCCGUUACGUCGGCGAGACCAUCUGGGUGACGUUCAGAGACGGCCAGUGCGCUUUAGCCGCGGCAAAGAAGGGCAUGACGCAGGUGUGCGGUCAGACGUUGAAGCUGUCGCUUAAGUCGCCCGAUUGGGUGCAGCUGAUCGAGAAGGAGAUCGAGAUCUGCAGCAACACCACGGUCGCGCAGUUCACGGCGAACUCGCCGUUGAGAAGCCCCAUGCAACGAUUGGAGCAACUGGAGAUCGCCGCCGAGCCAUCGUCUCCCAGCAGGAACAGUCCGAACGGCGUGGCGCCUCCGAGACCGGCGCCACCGGGUCGACCGGCACCACCGAAGAGUCCCGCUCACGAACGAAAGCAGGGUCCACGAGCGGGUGUGUUCAGCGUUGUCCCCAAUCAAUUUACGCCCUCGCCGACGCAGCCUACGGCCACGGACAAGGCGGAGGAUAAUCAGCAGGAUGAGAGAUUGUCGCCCGACUCGGCCAUCUACGAGGAGAUACUGGACGGACCGCCCAGCUAUCCCGUACCGAAUCGACCGCCGCCGCCGUUACCACGUAUGGAUGGUCCUCAGGAACCGUUGAGCAGACCCCCGCCCAGCUCGGUGCCACCCCCGUUGCCGCACCGGCAAGCCCCGCCACCCCCGCAGCAUCCACCGCCAAGUCUACCUCCGCCAAAUGCCCCACCGCCCGUGCCAGCGAGAACCACCGGCGGACCGCCGAUCCCGGCCAGAAAUCCUCAAUAAAAACGGGACGCGAGAUAGAUAUCCUUGACCAGGUACAGCUAGCAUUCUUCUACGUGUGAUUAUUUAUGAAAUUAAUCAACGGGACGACCGUAGUCGACGAGUCCUAGCUUCCAAACUGAGUUCCAGAUUCACGUAGCGUAAGUAGAAACCCUGAAUUUGUUCUGUGAUCGCUUCAAGAAUGGCACUUUCAUCAAGUUGAAAAUAAUUAUAAAUCAUUUUCGAUUUCUAACCACAAGCAUAAUCGAUCGUAGAUUUAUACCCAUCAUUGGAGUUCACCGGGUCUGUUUCGCAUUUUCUUGUUGGUAGCAAUAUACAUGUUUUAACGUCUGUUGAUUAACUCCAGCGGUGUUACGAGGUCUUCGCUCCGAAUGUUCAAAUGGCGCGGCAAGCGCCUACUGUUUCGAAGAUUCAAACGAUUUAUAAUUGUUGACAUGACACAAAGAUUUAAUAUGUAUAUUCGAAGGUCGUUGAAAGCGUUGUAAAAUUGGAUAUAUCACGAACAAGUUUUAGCAAUCAUCAGAGUUUAAAUGGCGAGAUACUUGCGUGUUAUUGUCACUGCUUGUAUUGUAUACUAAUAAUUUAAGAUGUAAUUCUCGAUGUUAGAGUAACCGCUUCGAAGGUUUAGAAGUCUUCACAGUAUCUUGGUAGUGUACCAAAAAAUGUAAUUAUAAGACACCAAGAAGCGAACUUAAUUUUACAAUUAAUUGUAUGUAACGCGACGAAUGGAAAAAGGAUAGGCUCAAACACAGCAGUAUUUUUAUGAGUGUAAGGUAUUCCUUGUAAUCGUGUCCACCCGAAUUCCCCCCCUCUUUUGGGUUCGAUUGUUUUAAAGGCGGCUAAUUAAGACCAUCCUACGUGCGAUUGCACGUUUGUUUAUCCUCUUCUGAUUUUAAAGUUCCUACAUUUUGCAUUCCAUCAAAAUCUUUCAAGCGUCCGUCCCAAUGGGGUCCAACGCCCACUUAUAUUUCUUAAGUUCUCCCGAUUUUAUUCUAUUAUGUACGCGCGAUACGUAAAACGAUUUUGACUGCUACGUAAUUCACGCAUGGAUAACGAAUAUGAGAGAGUGCGAAUUAAACAGCAAGCAAAAUCAUUGCUAAAAGUAUUAUAACUCGAAUCAUCAGAGGCACAAUGGACAAUGUCUGGGUGCCGCGGGCGGCGCUUCGAAAGAGGAACGCCCCCCCCCCGUUACGUUAUAAUAAUAAUAAUUAUAACUCGAAAGAAAGUACGUGGCAGUCAGAACGCUAAUUACUAUAAAUUGUAUAUAUUCCUCUUUAAUCGAUCUUUAAUUUUCAUCAUUUCCAGCUGAGUUAUGUCAAGCAACAGUGGCUCUAAUUCUGGAAAAGUGGACGUAUACAUACACGUGAAUUAGUGUAAUAAAAGAGUGAAUAUCAAUGUAAAAGAUAAUCGUUUCCAAUACACACACAAUACAGGUUUUGUCCUGCACCUCAA